AUGGUGGAUGGUGCAGAACCAUUGAUGGCGUCAAUCAAACAACUUAUUAGUGAUGGAUUACUUGAUCAAGAACUACAAGAAGACGAAGGGAACACGUCAGACGAAGUAUUCUCAAACGGCAACGGCGACGACAUGGAGCAAGUCGGGAGUACUGAAUUUUUACGGAGAGUGGCUGAUAUAUUACAAGGAAAUCCAGUGAAUGGCUCAUUAAAUUCCAAUUUCUUACAACAACAGCUGGCAGCUUUUAAAGAAACAGUGGAAUCCCCUCCCGCAUCUACAAAUGGGAACGGUUUACUGACCUCAGUCACAACACCAUUAUCCCCUUUAUUCACGUCAUCAGAUUCAUUCAAUUCGCCGGAAAAACUUAUACAAGCUAUUAUGACACCAAGCUUAGGUUUUCUGGGGACGAAUGGUUUAGGUGCUUCAAAUACUGGUCUUCUAUCUUCCCCUCUGAUUGCUCCCAGUCCAACGCUUUUGCAGUCAUUGAUGAACACUCCAACUACCCCAACUGCUUCUUUGACACCUAAAAAAGCAGAAAACCGGCCUCCAGUUGUAUCACAAACCUUAAAAGCUUCAAAGAGGAGGUUGUUCGAUGACACUUCCCGAAUUGAAGCAGCCAGCAUGAGUGGAGAUGAUAGAAUUGAUAUGAACGAGUUGGAGGCGUUUGCUCAGACAUUCAAGAAACAGAGGAUAAAGUUUGGCUUUACUCAAGGAGAUGUUGGUGUUGCACUGGGAAAGAGAUACGGGACUGACUUCUCUCAAACAACAAUCUCAAGAUUUGAAGCACUCAAUUUGUCGUUUAAAAAUAUGUGUAAAUUGAGACCUCUGUUGAAAGAAUGGUUAACAGAUGUGGAGAUGGCCAUUGAGGGAGGAGCUACAGUAACAGAUCUCAUUGACAAGAAAACACUUCACAAUGGGAAUCAUCACCCAAUUCAUCAUUCAGAUUCUCACGAGUCCAUCCAUUCCUCCAUCUCAUCGGUCACUGCCAGCAGUCUCCUUAGCAGAGAUCAACAUGUGAAACGAAGAAGAAAGAGGACAAAUUUGGAUAUGAAUCAACGAAAUGCGUUGGACUCAUUCUUCACAUUGAAUCCACGUCCAGAUCACGACAAGAUGACAGACAUUGCCAACUCAUUGGAAUUGGACAGAGAUGUUGUGAGAGUCUGGUUCUGUAAUCGUCGCCAAAAAAUGCGAAGAGUCGAUGAACCAGCAGAGGGCGAGAUGGUCACCCCAUCUGUCAGUCCUGUGUUCCCUAACAUCUCUUCCAUGAGUGCGUUGGAGCAAAUCCAAGAAGCAGCACGAUUGGCUUCAUGUCAAACUAGCAAUGAAGAUAGUGACGGAACAUCCGGAAGUCCCGAAGCUCAAUCCAACGACGGUUGCUCUGAUCUUUGA